GAUCCUUACUGCGGAUUCACGGCGCAACCGAUCAACGCCGCCUACUAUAUGCCCGGCGUGUAUAAUGACGGCUAUAGUCAUGAGCCGUAUGGACAAAACGCUUAUAUAGAUAGUGCAUAUGGUGAUCUACAACAAUAUCCGUACUAUGGUGGUGGCUAUACCUACACACCAUACUACGGUAAUGGUCAUGCCUACUACAAUCAGGCCUACCAAGCUGGUCAAGCCUACCCGGGUGCGUACGGACCAUAUCCGGGCGCUUCCGGAGCCUAUCGACCCUAUCCUCAGCCGCAGCCAUCACCUCCGCGACGGUCACGGUAA